GAAUUUCAGCUUGUCCUGCUGAGCCCGGCCAGUGCCAAUGAUGGCAAAACUCCCAAGAGCUGCACCACAUACCCUGUGGAUCCUUUUCUUUUCAUAUACAACAAAUGAAGUUAUGGCUGCAGGACAUGUACAGGAAUUUGCAUGCUUCACUGACUAUGACAAAGAGCUGGUUUGUCACUGGAAGGUGCCUGCACAAACGAAUUGCUCCAAAGAAUUCCUGCUCUACUACAGGAAGGAAUUUUUUUUUCUGCCAAAUCGUGUGUGUGUCCCUGAGAAUGGAAAAGACAGUUUAAGGUGCACUUGCACAAUAUGUCCGGAUUAUUUUGUAUCAGGCCUCACGUAUAUUUUAGCUCUGCAGUUCAAUGGGACUGAUAUGUGGAAUUACAGUGUUACACCAGCCCUGGUUGUUAAGCCAAGGGCCCCCAAAAAUCUUGCCAUUGAGAAGGUUGAAAAUGGUAAUUUCAAUCUGAGCUGGGAGGAGAGCUACUCUCCUCCAUCCAUGCUCUCUGGACAGCCGGUCAUCUAUGAAGUGAAAUAUUGGAGGAAGCAGCACCCGACAGAGGUUUCUGUAAAAGCAAUUAACUACCAGACAAAAAGCUUUGAAAUUACUGCAAGCUCCUUGAGGAAAGGCUGUGAUUACGUUGCCAGUGUAAGAUGUAACUAUAUAGACUACCCGGCCUACUGGAGUGAAUGGAGUGAAGAAGUUGAAUUUCACUAUGAUUACCAAGUAACAGCUGAAGACAUUCUGCAGAUGGCUGUUCCCGUAUCCUGCAUACUGAUCAUGGCAGUAUCUGUCAUUUGUUACUUCUGUUUUACCAAAGUGAAGAAAGAAUGGUGGGAUCAAAUCCCAAAUCCAGCAAAGAGCCAUUUGGUCGUAAAAAAUGUCAAGUUUUCAGUUUUGUGCUACAUUGAUGAAAUUAAGUUCCCUUUCCAUGACUUAAAGCAGAGUCAUAUGGAAAACCAAAUAAGUUGCAAGAACUGCCUGGCUCAAAGUUUGUCAAGCCAAAACUUCAAGGGAAAAGAUAACAUCAGAAAUGUUGCGAAAUCUUGCAGUUGCCACAGCAAGUCUGGAGAGUGGUUUCCAAAAGGCAGCAGUGCAGUGUUAACCCCUGAGACAAUUCUGGUUGAAGAGUCUAUAGAAAUCUGUGAAUGUUUAACAGACAUUGAGGCUGAGAGCCAGGAAGAGACUAGUGACCAGAUCACCAUGUUUGAGCCUUGUGGGAGCAGUGUCAGUGCUUUCAGAGAGCACACUGAACACAAUGAUGCACUAGCUAACAUGUUUAUUGAGCUCCUGGCAGAUGAAAACAACACGCCAGACAUCAUCACAGGUGAGAAUAAAACCUUUGAGAAACUUGAGUCAGGAAAUCCAUCACAACGAAAUCCAAAAGAAAGUGCAGCCCAGAGUCAGCAGCUAUGUGAUAUUUCUCAUACGGUCUCCCUUUUCACCAAAGCCUCUCAAGAUGACUACAAUUGUAGUACAGCCAGCAAGAAGUCUGAACAAUCAGAAGAAUCAUUUGAAUCUGGCUAUCAGAGCUCCAGCAUAAAUUCUGCUUCUCUGGAUGCAAGAGAUCUUCAACGUAUGGUUCAUCAAAGCCUUUUUCCAUGCAGUUUUGAAAGUCAGCAUGACUCGUGUGUCCUGAUCCAGGAAUCUCCAAAUAAACCAUCCUUUGGGAGGCUGUGUAGCUCUGCAUAUAAGAGCUUUGACACCCUUAUCUCUCCAUCCAUGGAGCCCUGUGGUUCUGCCUACAAGAGCUGUGAUACCCUCAUGUCUCCAUCCGUGGAGCCCUGUGGUUCUGCCUACAAGAGCUGCGAUACCCUCAUGUCUCCAUCCGUGGAGCCCUGUGGUUCUGCAUACAAGAGCUGUGACACCCUCAUGUCUCCAUCUGUGGAGCCCUGUGGUUCUGCAUACAAGAGCUUUGAUAUUCUUGUGUCUGCAUUCAAGGAACCAAGUAGCUCUAUGUGUAAGAGCUUUGAUACCCUUAUGUCUCAGUCUAUGGCUAACAGUAGCCUGACUCUGUGUUUUGAAAAUAUGCGCUCCUCACCACCUUUGACACAGUUUUCAGAGACACAUGCAAAUGACAGUGCUUCAGCUUUCCUGCCAGAGGAAGAAAUACAUAAGAAAAUAACAUACCAAAAUGUUCAAAAGAAAGCCAAUAUUAUUUCUUGCCCCAUUGGACCUCAACCGUCUGGUUAUCAACCUUUUGAUAAUGCAGUUAAAUAUAAUGGUACAUACUGUGACAAUGACAGUGAGGUUAUCUCUAGGUCACUGUAUGAACCCUUCAUUCGUCUUUUGUACAACAACAUGAGAGAAACACCUCCAGAUGCCAUAAUCUGUGAACCUGACCGGAGGACAGAUGACCACAUAUGUUUGAUUGUACAGGGUUUUGACUGCAGCAUUGUCCCAGGUUUAGCCUCUAGUGAGAAUGUCACACAUACCAGUGAUGGCAGCCUUUGGAUCAUCAACUCUAAUGAGCUGUCUAGUGAUAGCAAAGAUGAAAAUACCAGCAGAGACGAACAGCUGUUGCAUUUGUUAGAGCUGAAUUGUCAAGAUUCUAACAGCAGAGAAAAAACUAUAAAGGGGACGAAACCUAACAGCUUUAACUAUACUGGUAAAGGAAUGCAAGAGAGCAGCAGUAACAGACUAAAUACUGACUUUCACUGCUACACGCACAACCACUUGAGGAAAUUUGGAAAUACAGAGGAAAUUAAAGAGGCGAUAAAGCAUGCGGUAGGCAGGAGGUGUGGCUCAGCAGCUAGCUUACCAGAAGAAUCACUGGACAGCAUUGGGCUAAACUUAGAGAGAAAAACUGCAGAGCCCCUGGAGCUCCUGGUCUUAGACAAAUUGUCACCUCCUCUUUUUGUGGAUAAUUCCUGUCCUUCUGGUUCUCACACCAUUCACAGUGGGGGUUCCAGACUGGCACCUGCAGUUAAAAAAAGACCAGUGGAACUAUUGAGGGAAAACAACAGGAAGAAUGAGAAAAAAAUGAAACUUGUACAAGCCCUUGCACAGGAGGACAACUGCUACAUGAAGGUAGCUUAG